AUGUCCACUUCCUCAACCUCAUCACGGAGCCGGACGCGGGCACUCCGUUCUCUAUCAGCGACCACACUGAGGCCCGCGAGGAAGAAAGCCCGGUUAUACAUCGCGCUCUACCCGCGUGGGGGAUCGUCGACGACAUCGUCGUUCCGCAACCAUUUCACCUGCGACUCGUACCACUGGUCUCUGGUGGUAGCGCCGCCAACGGCAUCGCGCAAGGACGUCGGCAGUACACGCUACCACGUCGCACAUGCCGGGCAACACACGGCCUCUGCUUCUUCCGCUUCAACUUCAGGCGGCGGUGACCAAUAUUUGUACGAGGAGCAAGAUAUCGCAUCUACGCCGGCCGCGCAGACGGGCCUGGUACGCAUCACCGUGGCCAAGGUCGUGGACGAGGCCCGACUGCGCGCUUUGCUCCGCGACAUCCCCGUGCCGCAGCAUGGUGGCGAUGAUCCGACCUUCAAUUGCCUGACGUGGGUGAGGGAGGCGUUUGUGAAAGCCAUCGAAGAUCCAAAGUGCGUCAAGAGUUAUCUCCAUGCCGAGGACUGGAAGGCCGUCGAGACCUGCGCUAGGACCUACUGUAAGCGGAAAAGAGACCUGGGCAGAUUUCACCACACCCCGGUUCAACCUGAAAAUGAUGAUGCCAACGCCGGCAUUGCGUUCCCUUGGAGCCACGAUGAUAUAAGUACCUUCAACUUCUGGGAGAAUCGCGAAACAACCGCUUGA